AUGAAGCCAAUGAAAGUUCUUGUUACUGAAGAUACUUUCAAAGUACAUAAAGGAUUUGAUCUUGCCAAUUUUAGUAAUCAAAAAUAUCCUAUGUCAGAGCUUCCUGUAAUGAAAAUUCUUAAAAUAUAUCCAUUUGAUCAUUUUAGACAGGAGGUAGCAGCCAAAUAUGAAAAACAACCUGAACAAAUUCGUUUUUGGGCUUUUGCCAUAAGGCAAAAUAAAACUGUCAGACCUGACAUAUUGUUGCCUGAUUAUUGGAAUUUGACAAUGGAUGGGAUUCGUGCUAUGACAAAGCCAUACAAGCAUACAUUAUAUUUGGAAAUUGCAGAUAAACCUUUAAUUGACAAUACUUGGUUUCCUCCAAAAGUUGGAAAAUAUUUAGUAUUUCUGAAAUUUUUUGAUCCUUGCACACAAACUUUAGAAUGUCUUGGUUCUCUUUAUGUACAAGGAUCUGGUAAAGUUGGUGACAUUUAUCCAAUUUUAUGUAAAAAAAAGAACUUCCCAGUAAAUACUCCACUCAAUGUAUAUGAAUUCAUCACUGAAGAUACUUUCAAAGUACAUAAAGGACUUGACCUUGCUAAUCUUAGUAAUCAAGAAGAUCUUAUAUCAGCUCUUCCUGUAAUGAAAAUUCUUAAAACAACUCCAUUCAAUCAUUUUAAACAGAAUGUAGCAGCCAAAUAUGAAAAACAACCUGAACAAAUUCGUUUUUGGACUUUUGUCAGAAGGCCAAAUAAAACUGUCAGACCUGACAUAUUGUUGCUAUCUGAUUAUUGGAAUUUGACAAUGGAUGAGAUUUGUGCUAAAUCAUACAAGAAUACAUUAUAUUUGGAAAUUGCAGAUAAACCUUUAAUUGACAAUACUUGGUUUCCUUCACCAGGUGGAAAAUCUUUAGUAUUUCUGAAAUUUUUUGAUCCUUGCACACAAACUUUAGAAUGUCUUGGUUCUCUUUAUGUACAAGGAUCUGGUAAAGUUGGUGACAUUUAUCCAAUUUUAUGUAAAAAAAAGAACUUCCCAGUAAAUACUCCACUCAAUGUAUAUGAAAUGGUUCAUGACAGACAAAAUUAUCAACCUCCUGAACAUUUACAACAUUACACUUCUACAUCCAUCAUUUCAACAAAAUUAAGUUUUCGGCUUUCGAUAAACAGAUACAAGGGCACAUUUCACCAUCAUGUAUGCGCAUGUUAUAUCGUAACAACAUUCACUCAUUUUUAUCCAGAUAAUCAACAUCAAUUAUAUAAAGAUCGUUGGAGAGAAUAUGUUCAUAAAAUCAUAAUGACUGUAUUCAUUCAAACAGUAUUUUCUUCGUGGGUUUUAAAUUUAUUUAUGAAAGCAAAUCUUUUUGGUCAUUUAAUCAUAUUAUUAUGGCGUUUACGAAGUAGAACCACUGAUAGUGGUACACACAGUGAAAGAAGUGAUAAUGGCGGUGACGAUGUAGCUAUUGGAAGUUUAAGAGAGAAAGUUAGGAAGGAAAAUUGA